UUGGCCGAGAAUGUGCUACUGGACAUCAAGAAAUGUUGCUUACUGGUCAUGAAGAUGGUUCCAUUAAAUUUUGGCAAGCAUCUAGUGAACAAUUGCAAGUUAUGUACAAAUUAAAAACAGGACGGCACUUUGAAAAAAAUAUUCCUUCGCAUUAUUCCCAUUCGACUGCUAGAGGAACAGCAGCAGCCAUCAAUAAACGUAAAGGAAGUGGAGCUGUAGAUAAUAUUCGAUUAAAAAAAAACAUUUCUCCUAGUCAUGCUGUCUUUAAUGCUGAAAUGUGUCUUGAUUCUCGCCUUUUGAUUGUCAUUAACUUACCUCAACUUUGCCGUUCUACUGCUCAAAUUCCUUCGCCACCUUCAUGCCCUCCCUCACCUAGUAAUCUAAAAGAUGAAGAAAAACAACCUCAAAAUACUAAAAAGAAAUGGAAUCAACAAUCAGGGAGUAGUAGUGAGGCACAACAAUCUAAUAGAGCUGAAUUGAAACGACAAGGAGCAGCAUCCGAGUCGCAACAGCAUCAACGCCCAUCCCGCAAUUCAUCAUCACAUUCUACAGAUACAUCGAUAUGUUCUCAACAACUUGCCGAAAUAACUCCUUUAAAAGUUCGGGGAGGUGCUUUGCGAAGACCUGCAGGUUAUCAACCAGAAUUGGUUUGCCAGAUCCCUUGGAUAAAUGGAAACAAUCCUGAACGAGUAACCGCAUUGGCAUUUAAUUCAGCUUAUGGUCUACUAGCUAUUGGUACUUGUGUUGGUUUGGCACUUGUUGAUUCACAAACAGCUUCUUUGAUUUAUGCUUGGCAUAAUUCUGAAUUGUUGGGUCGCGAUCCAAUUCCUUUUUGGAGUUCCUUGACUAGUCAAGAUGUUGCUACUGGACCAGGAUCUCCUAGUUGUCCGGGAGUAGAGAUUCUUUGUCAAUCUUCUACACCUUCAACUCCAAAUAAUAACAACAUAAUACCUAUUACUACCGAAUCAUCACCUUCAGUUUUAAAAACUCCAAAUUCCUCUUCUACCUCCUCUCCCUCAGCUUUUUCAUUUUCUUCCAAAGCUUUACGUACUCGUCUAAAACAUCAAUUUUCAACUCAAACUCCUCCUACAUCAGUGCCAUUACCUCCGAAAUCACCCGGACCUCUUUCUCGAGGAAAUACAACAGAAUCGACUGGGGGGUCUGGAAUAGAAAAUAAUACAGAAAAAAGCACAAAUCGGUUUUUGUUGGGAACAAAACUUCAAAGGCCACAAUUACUUAAAGCUUCAACUUUCAAUGCUUUUGCUGCUUGUGAUGAAACUGGAUUAGAAAAUUCAAUUCAACAACAACAAGAAUCGAAUUUUAUUAAUUGUAAUGGUGAUAUAAAGCCUUGUAUUGACUCGCAAGUUCCAUCUACUUCUUCCUCCACUGAAUCUUUGGAUAAAUGUACAAAUCAAAAAUAUUUGGAGGAAUUUGUUUCUCAUUUACAAUUUAUUAAUUGUUGUGCUAAAAAGGGAGUUACUAAAUUUGAUCCUUGUCUUUGGAUUGGAACGUCUAUGGGUAGUGCAUUAGCCUUUCAACUUCAAUUACCUUCAAAUAGAAUUUCUUCAAACGUUGUUGUUGCACCCUCUGGGUCAAUUGUUCGUUUAUCUAAAUCUACAAAUGGGAAAAGCAACAAAUUGCUGUGUAUUGCUUUUAUGGACCGUGAUUUUCGAUUAUUGGCGGCACCCAGUGAAAACUCGAAUAAUAAAAAUGCCAAAAUAGAAACAAAUUCUUUAAAUUCAAAUCUUCAAGAAGAAAAUUUAAAUAAAAAUGAUGAGUCUUCUAAUUCUCCAAAUGAUCUUCAAUCAUCAUUACCUUCAAAUAAGGCAAGCAAGGAAAGAGUGCUAACAAAAACUAUUCAAUCAUCAGCGGUGCCUUCAUCUACUUCUACCCAAACAGAAAUGGAAACACAACAAACACUGACCUCAAAUGUGGUCAAAGAGGAGGAAUUUUUACAAAUGGCUAUAUUUGUAACUUCUUCUGAAGUUAGUGCAGUUGCUUUACCUUCCUAUCAUCGAGUCUUUCAACGCUCUUUUUCUGAUUCAGAACAGCAACAACAUCCAUUAAUUUGUGCUUCAACUACACAUAUUAGUGGACAGCCUGCUUUGUUAGCUUUGAAUGUUGCCGGUUCAAUUAUUGUGAUGAGUUUACCUUCAUUUAAACAAUUAUUGAAUUGUUCAUUGAUGCCUCUUUCUUCUAAUUGUAUUGAGGAUAGAAUUUGUCAACGUUUUGCUUUUUCUGAAAAUGGAUGUGGAAUGAAUUUAGUUUCAAAUUCAGAGGUACAAAAAUUCACUGUUAGCGCUGAGAUUGCAUCCCAGGUUGCAGAAUGUAUGGGAGAAUUAUUUGUCCCUUGUGAUAUGCCAGAACCUCCAAAAGUUCAUUCUUUUCUGCGAGGUGUUGUCAAUUCAAUUGCAGCGGUUACUGGUGUUGCUGGAAAUGGAUGUAGUCAAAUGGAGGAAAUGGAUGCAUUAUUAUCAGAAAAACCAACUUCAACAACAGCCCCUAAUCAAGUUCGAGGAGUUACUCGGCCAUUACUAACACCCCAACAACAACAAUUAAGUAGUAUUGAAACAGGCACGUCUAGGUCUGUUACUGCUGGACAAGCUGCUCGUGAAGCGAUUCAGAAUUUGGCAGAGCGCAGUGAACGUUUAAAUGCUGUCUCUGAUGCAACCGAAAAGUUAAAACAUAAUGCAAUGAAUAUUCAAAGCAGAUCUGCAAAAUUAUUGGAUAAAUAUGAGAAGAAAAAAUGGUAUCAAUUAUGAUAAUAUCAGAUGUCCAAAAUUUUUUCUAGUCAUGAGCUUAUUUGGGGUAUCUUUUUCACUUAUUUUUCAUUUUAAAGAUGUUUUUUAUAUAUUGUAAGAUUUUUAUUUGAAUAAAUAUGUGGAUGGAUAUUUGAUCUUUUGAUCGCUUAUACUGGCCAAAUCCUAUAAAAUAAAUAUAUAUUUUAGCCGGUCUAAUCGGUUCAGGUAUAGUGAUUAAUUGGAAAGUGAUUAAUGAAUAGAAUACCAUUCUGGUGGCAAAUCAAGGAAAGACAAGUCAAGGAACGACCAACUUAUGGAAUAAUUUAAAAAAGCGUAAUUUUUCAGAAUUUUUUUUAAUUUUGUUUUUUGAAGUAUUCUAAUUUGUUUUAAAUACUUAUUUUUUAAAAAUAUUCAGAUUUUUCAAAAAAUUCCGAUUUUUAAAAUAUUUCAUGAGCUGGUCAUUCCUUGAGUUAGCCCCCACCCAUUAUUUUUAACGUUCGGCACAUUUUCUUUUCUUUAUUAAUGUCACAUUUGAAUAUGUCUCGGGGAAAUGGAGUACAAUUGGAGAAGGAAGAAGGACUGACCAUUAUUACUUGUUAAGGAGCACUCUGAGACUCAAAAUAGGGAAGGGGGGGUGAUAUAUCCAUGAGAUAACGUCAUUUUAAUAGAGAUUGUACAUUAUUUUGUUUUUAAUUUUUAUUUAAAUUGAAGAUCUUCUUUUUUUGUUUUUAUUAUUAAAAUUUUAAAAUUUAAUCCCUUUCAAUCCACUAAUUUAUUCUAGUCUCCUUUUAUUUUUUUAGCCCUAAUAAUAUUUUGUUUUUCACUAUUAUAAACUUAGAACUCCUUUUUAAACUUUUAUUUUUUUUAAUCUUUGGCUCUUAUUUUUUUCUUUCUUUCCUAAUCCUUAAUGACAUAAAUAUUAAAA